AGUCUGCCAAUAUUUAAGUCAUCUUGCGAUUUACAUCUUACAAAUGUUCUACGUGAAAUUUCAAAUGUGAAGUUUGUAUUCCAUAUGUACCGUUAAAACUAGUUAAAACAAAAACAAUCACAUGCAAAAAAUUAAAGUCAUACAUCAACUAUUACAUCAACCGUGAUUAAAACCAGCAAAAUAACAGUUAGUAAUUUAAUAUAGUGGCAAAAAUGAGGACAAUGGAGACUUUUAUUGAGUAAUCAACCACAUCCUUAUUAUAGGCUUAUUUUUAAUUGCAUCUGCGAGAAAUGAGUGACUGUGAUAGUACACAAGCAAGAACAGAUUUUUCUGCAUCUUCAAGUUCAGAAAAAAUCAAUGAAGAUGGUAAUGAAUAUCGGUUUUUGCCCUCCAGUUUGGCCAGUGAGGAGCUUCAACUUGCAUUAAAUAAGGAAGCAAAUGAAGAACAACUUGAAAGUGCAAUAACAAGAUGUAAAGAGUUGGUAUUAGAAAGUGACCAGUUUUCAACUGAAAGGAAAUGGUUAGUUAGACACCUAAUUGAGUUAAGAUUGAGACUUCAGGAAUUUAAAGAAGCUCAGUUAGAUCCUCAGCAUCCUUACAAUAAAUGUAACAAUAGUUCAAUUCUUGCAGUUCGAGGUCAUCAUUUUGUUCUACAACCUCUGUUGCAAUUAAGUUCAUCAUUGUAUUGUGACCAUUGCACUGGAACCAUUUGGUAAUUUAAAAUAUAAGUUUUAACUUAAGUGUAUGUUUGCUUACUUACUUAAAGUGUCUCUGUAAAGACUAUUUCUUAUGGGAUUUUCCAAAGAAUGAUAAUUAAUUUCAUGUGCUGCUACUUGAUUUUUGUCAAACUUAACUUCAAAUACAUAAAUCCUAUCAAAAAAUAAUUGCAUGGUACAUAGAAUCAAUUAAAAGUA